UUGUCAUGUGAUCUUCCGGCCCGCUCAAAAUGGCGGGCUCCACGCUGGCAACGGGGUGCGCGGCCCGGAGCUGGGGGAGCCGGCGGCCGCGGCCUGUGGCUGUUCUCGCCGCCUCCUUGGCGCUGCUCAGCUGGCUCCGCACAGCGCACGGCGGCAGCGACGGGGGGAGUUCAUUAAAUGACGACUUGUUAUUGCCAUAUCCUCCUUCCUACCAUGGUCCUCGUCACCAUCACAGGUACGUCAGAGAUUGUCAAGCUGUUGUGCAUGGCAACGUAACACAUGAAACUUGGCCCAGCAACACUAGCACCGAACUCCCCAUGACUACGACAAGAGGAUUCGUGUCUUACUUCCCGCCAGAGGGCGUGAUGCAAAGGGAAGUCUAUGGCCACUUUACUUUUGUGAGCAACCCCCUGAGAACCUUCUCUGUGUUAGAGCCUGGCAGCUUGGGAGGUUGCAAUUCAAGCCUUCGGUCCACUGUGAUAGAAACUGCAAGACGUGGCAAGUGCCUAGUGGCCCAAAAUGGUGGCUACUUUGACAUGGUCACCGGAGAAUGCCUUGGGAACGUUGUGAGCGAUGGAAGGCUGGUGAGAAAUGCCAGAGGUGUGCAGAAUGCGCAGUUUGGCAUCAGGAAGGACGGCACCAUGGUGUUUGGUUACCUGUCGGAGGAAGAUGUUUUGGAUCAAGUGAACCCAUUUGUGCAGCUGGUGAGCGGCGUAGUCUGGCUGCUGAGAGAUGGAGAGGUGUAUGUCGAUCAGAGUAAGACAGCGGAGUGUGACAAGACUCAAGCCACAGGGACCUUUGACAAGUUCAUCAAUGUGAUAUCUGCCAGGACGGCAGUGGGACAUGACAGGCUCGGGCGACUGAUUUUGGUUCAUAUGGAUGGACAGACUGAUGUGAGGGGCCUCAAUCUCUGGGAACUGGCCAACUUCCUAAAGCAGCAGGGUGUCGUGAAUGCUAUCAAUCUGGAUGGUGGAGGGUCAGCCACUCUGGUUUUAAACGGAACCCUUGCGAGUUACCCGUCGGAUCACUGCAAGUUUGAUGCCAUGUGGCGCUGCCCUCGGAGCGUCUCGACAGUCAUGUGUAUCCACGAGCCUGCUUGCGAGGCUCCAGAUUGCAGCGGGCAUGGGCACUGCGUGCUGGGAGAAUGCCAAUGCACUGGGGACUUCUGGAGAGGACCAGAUUGCAGUGUCCUAGACUGUGGGCCUUCCAACUGCAGCCAGCAUGGCAUCUGCACUGAGUCUGGAUGCCUCUGUGAUGCUGGCUGGAUAGGCAGCAACUGCAGUGAAGUGUGUGCUAGCGGCUCCUAUGGGGAUGGCUGCACCCAGAAAUGCCUCUGUCAGAAUGGUGGAACGUGUGACUCUGUGCACGGAUCCUGCACCUGCCCUGCUGGUUACCAAGGAGCCAUCUGUCAGCAAGAGUGCCCCGUAGGCUGGUAUGGGCCAAACUGCCAGCAGCUCUGUGACUGCGAGCAUGGCUGUCCUUGUGACCAGGAGACAGGCAGCUGUAAUAUCACCUACGAGGACAGCCUGCAGGACAAGUUAUCCAGAGCUGGGCACUGUCUGGCUUUCCACAUGGUUCCAGCAGGGAGUGAUGAGAAAUCCCUUCUCACAGAUCAGCUCUAUUGGCGGAAGAGAGAGACCAAAGGUCAGCGUUAAAGGAAGAGGCCAAACACCGUAGAAGCAACCAGUCUGAGAGGCUAAAAGCACCCACUUAAGCCACUGUGAGAAGCAAGACCUUAGGCUGCAGCAGUGGUGCAGUCAGUCAGCCAGGAGCCACAUAUCUGAAAUCUGCUGCAUAGUUACAGAGGUACUGAAACAUGUGGUGCUGCGUUUCUGAGACUGGGUUAUUCUUUCCUCUCUCAUAGGAGAACCUGGAUCUGCUUCACCUCAGUCUUGGGACUGUUGCUUUUGAUCAGCAUGGUAGGAAACCUGAGGCUCGCUCUCAGGAGCUGGGCAGCGGAGCGCUGUGAAACUGGUGACUACAUGUACCAUCCGCUGAAGGAAAUGAAUGGAGAAGCCAGUCAUACAUGCCCUUUGGAGCAGUACCAGGCAGAAGACACGCAAGGUCAAAGCCAGCCAGAGACUGAAGCACUCAUUUAACUGGACAGGUGAGGAAAGACUUGAGAGAUUCUCCCCAGCUGUGGUACUGGCUCUCAGCACAGAGGACCAACCAAAGGCUGCUUCGUCCUGAAAUGAGAAGCUAGUAACUGGCGCAGAACAGCAGCAAGAAGGGGCACAAGGUGGUAUUCACAGAACAUGUGACUAAGGGCUCAGCCCAGCAGCUGCCUCCCUUCUUGCCACUCCUCAGUCAGAAAUCUCUCAGUUCCCUUCAUGGGCCUGGUGCUCAGGAGCGAGAGAGGGGACAUGGGAAUCCCUGUGCAACAGCAGCAACUGCUGCUCUACUAUGGAGAACAGGGGCCUGUAAUAACUGUGGAGGUUACAGGGGGUUGGUCAGUAUUCACUGCAUUAGUUUGUGGAUGAGGAAUUCCCUGCCCAGUCAAUUGAGCUUGAUUAAUUAGUGACAAUGAGAAGAAAACUUAAGUCAGUGGAAGUGCAACAUGCGCUAGCCCAUGGCUUUUCUAGCUUUGGGCCAGUUCUCAGGCCAGAGCACAUUCGAUGGUUGAGCGGCACGGUUAGAACUCAGGCACGUCUGGCUUGUUUCACUCAACCUGUGUUUCGUGCAGUUGGGGCUGAAAGGCUUUUCUUUCCCCGCCGCAGUGAGGGACGUAUUAAGUUUAUGAUAGGGUCAUCAACAAGGUUAUGUGAAAAGCCUUUUGUGUCAGUCCCCAAAAGUCUCCCUCCUGAAGGGCAUGUAACUCCCACUCUUCCCUGUCAAGGGUGCAGGUUGUUGCAUUGUGGCUAGAGCGGACUCACUGCUCUGGGAAUUUGAAGUGACCCUGCUCCCCCUUUUAGUAAAGGUGAGUUUAGCUGGGGACUCACUCUCUGGCCCUGAUCCUGUGCGGCCCCCAGGACGUGAAGAAUAACUCACCUAGAAGGAAAAGCUUCAAGGCAACAGCACACACAGGCUCCACAGAGGUGGAGCACAGGAGUUAAAUCGUAUGCUAAUUGGGCCAGGGGCAGCAUCUAACUCCUUUGUUCUCAACCAUGUUCCAACAUGGUAGGUGCUGUAGGCUUCACUCACUGCUGUAAAAAUUGCAUUCGCCCUCUGAGUGCAGAAAGUUGCUUAACAGAGAGGACUGAGGUUCUGUAGAUUUUAAAGUUGUCAAAGCUAGUAAACAUCUCAGGUGGAGGUUGGUGAUUUUACUAGGCCAAUGAGUCUUCGUAGACUAAAAGGGCUUUUGAGAAACAUGUUCGUUUGCUUCCUCUUCUUGAGGAAAGUAACUAGCUUCCAAUGUGCCACUGGCUGCUGCAAGCAUCUUGAAUAUGCACUUUGAUCAUUUUUACUGUGACUCUCCACCUAAGCAGAGUUCGUGGAGUUUUUGUGCUAUAUUUGAAGAGUCAGAUCGGUCUGUAUAUUUAAGAAUUGAUUUUGCUUUUGGUGGAUUUAACACUUGAAUAAACUCAAUUAGUAUGU